AUGCAUCCAGCACUCGGGCUUUCUGAAGUCCUUGAGAGAAUCUUCUCCCGUAUAGGAGAUGAGUUAGACGACGACUAUAGUCCCUCCCCUUCGAGCCGCCCUCUUCCCAUUCGCAACAGCACGUUAGCUCGGCUCGCACGCACGUGCAAGACGUUCAAGAAGCCCGCUAUUGAUGGACUGUGGUCAGAAAUUCCUGCCACCAGGAUAUACGAGAGCUUGAUUCCACACUUGGUGGUGAUGUGGAAAGAGGGUGACCCUGACCCAUAUGAUUGGCGAGAAAUAACCGUGAAAGGAACGUGGAUUGCGGACGUUCGACCUAUGUCUACCGCCGAUCAGCUCAAUUUGAUGGAGUACACCACAUCCAUUCGUAGAUUCACGCUUGGUUCACCCGACAUAGCGGAAACAGCUAUAGCAGCUCCAGCCAUUCUCGCGCUACUGUCCCUUCCAGGAGGCCUGGAUGUCGUGUUUCCACGACUGAGCCGCGUGCACAUCUAUCACCAGCUUCCGGGCCUUCUUCAAGAGUACCUUCCGUUGAUUUUUAGCGUUGAAUGCAUCCGCCUGGUUGCCAUUUCCAGAAUUGACGACCUCUUCAUGGCACUCGUCGAUGCCUUCACGACACGCAAAGGACCGCAUGUUCAAGAGAUCGACCUACAAUUCAAGUCUUCAGACUGGCAUAGCGAUCAGGCAAACCGUGGCUCUUUCCCGACCAUGUUGUCUCAAGCUGUCAUGCGCUGCGAGAAUCUUCGCACAUUCGCAUGCACUGUACUAGACCAAGCGACUCUACUACGCCUAUCCGGGCUCUCUUCGCUCACCUUUCUUGAGCUGCAUGGACUUGACGACAUUGAUACCACCCCGACGUUGCAAUUUCUAUCCCUGGGGUCACUCAAGUUGACAUUCAACGUCUUCUCUGACGCAGUGUACUUUAUUCUCAGGCUGGUUCGUAUACCACCCUCUAUUCACAUACGGAUUGCGGAUGAACCGUCUGCUCCCUUGUCGGCACAACUGUUCGACGAAAUAUCAAGAGUUCCUGAGGCCAAUGUACACGCUCUUACUCUCGAGCGCUUUGUACCCCCCAUUCAUCCGGAACACACCCAUGACCCACCGAUUUCGAUAGAGACUAUCGAACCUCUGUUGAAAUUUGCGGGUAUGCGUGUUUUUCGAUGGAUCUUCCUAGGUCGCGUUCACUUGACGGACGCAAACGUUGGGCUCGUUACACAAUCAUGGCCCCUUCUCGAGCAGUUAUGGAUCAAUUCGGAGUCGUACGACCACGUCCCUUUCGCCACGCUGAGCAGCAUAUUCAUCGCAGCUCAACACUGCCCUCACCUCGAAUAUCUCUCGCUGCCCGUUGAUGCGUCGCGUAUCACCGACGACGGUUCUUUGGCGGCAGAGAUUCGGCACGAGAGUUUGAGGGUAAUCGAACUUGGAACAUCUUUUGUUGACGCGAUGGGCUUGGCUACUAUUGUCCAUACUUUUGCGCGAGCGUUUCCGCGGCUGAAGUGGGUCAGGCUGAACUUGCCUGUGGGCGGUGAGGAUACGGACUCCCAGACAAGCAAUGGGCAAAGGGCGUUUGGUUGGCGCAUCUGCGAAGCCAUAAAGAUGCUGCGUCAAGCUAAAGAGAAUGGGAGGAUUGCUUCUUGGACAGACGAAGACGCGUUGAAGAUUCUCAUUCGUUACUUCGAGGUUGCAUGGGAUACGGACAAAAGCCAUGGUUUCGAAUGACACUAUGAGUUAUUAGCAUGUCUUUGAAGAUGUUGUACUAUGACCGCAUCCAAUCAUUUGCCCGCCUCGGCCGCUAGCUCUUGCGGCCCACGGAAAUGAACUAUCGUUUGUAAGAAGACCGCGAACCAGC